CCAUAUCCAAAUCCACCUCUUAUUUCCCUUUCUUGGUUUUUCACCCUUAUUUAGCCUCCAAGCCCUAGCCCUCUAUGGUCCAUUAGGGUUCCCCCCAAAAGCCUCCUAAAGCCCAUCAACUUCUUCUUCUUCCUCUUCAACCUCCCCAUAACCAUUCUGCAACCCAAACCCUAGACUUUGCAGUUGCAGACGGCUUUUCUUUGAUUUUUUGAUUCCGCAGAUCUGGGCUUCACAGAAUUCAUCCCUUUCUACAAAGAUGGAGGAUACCUUUACUCCCAACAAUGAGCAAGCCAAUUCAGAAAUACAGCUUAACAAGCGUAGGAGAAAGAAGUCCAUAGUUUGGGAACACUUCACUGUGGAAACUGUUAGUGCUGGAUGCACCAGAGCAUGCUGUAAGCAGUGUAAGAAGUCAUUUGCAUAUAUUACUGGUUCAAAGCUGGCUGGCACCAGCCACCUGAAACGACAUAUUGCCUUGGGGAUCUGCCCAGUUAGUCGCCGCAAUCAGGAGAAAAAUCAACUAACCCCGUAUACACCAGCCUCCCAAGCUGGUUUUACUGGAAAUUCUACUGAUGCACCUAAACGACGCUACAGAGGAACCCCGGUUUCUGCAAACAUCCCUUUUGAUCAGGAUCGUUGCAAUCAGGAGAUUGCAAAGAUGAUCAUCAUGCAUGAGUAUCCGCUUCACAUUGUGGAGCAUUCUGGUUUUAUCAAUUUUGUUCACACUCUUCAACCCCAAUUUAAUAUGGUUAGCUUCAAUUCUAUCCAAGGGGAUUGUGUGGCUUUGUUUCUGAGGGAAAAGCAAAAUCUCUCGAAUACCCUUAAUGGAAUUCCUGGGCGGGUUAGCCUUACUUUGGAUAUGUGGACUUCUGAUGAAAAUCUAGGAUAUGUUUUCCUAACAGGACACUUCAUUGAUGGUGAGUGGAAGUUGCACCGCCAGAUUCUUAAUGUUGUAAUGGUACCAUCUCCUGAAUCAGAUGAUGCCUUUGCGCAAGCUGUUGUGGCUUGCCUUGCAGAUUGGAGUCUGGAGAGCAGGUUAUUUACCAUCACUCUGGAUCAAUCCUUCUCUAGUGAAACAAUGAUGGGAAAUCUUAGAGGUGUAGUGUCUGUCAAGAACCCACUUAUAUUCAAUGGCCAGUUGUUAAUUCGAAAUUGUUUUGCUCGUGUUUUGAGUUCUCUUGCACAAGAUGCACUAGGGGCAAUGACAGAUACUGUCAAGAAAAUCCGUGAAAGUGUGAAGUAUGUAAAAACCUCAGAUGCUCAUGAAGAAAAGUUCCUGGAGCUGAAACACCAACUUCAAGUCCCUAGCGUAAAGACCCUUUUCAUCAAUGACUAUACAAAAUGGAAUUCAACGUAUCAUAUGCUAGCUGCUGCAUGUGAACUAAAGGAAGUAUUUUCAUGUCUUGACACUUUUGAUCCAGAUUACAAGGAAGCCCCAUCCAUGGAUGACUGGAAGCAGGUAGAAACUCUUUGCACAUUCUUGAAGCUUCUUUUUGAUGCUGCCAUUAUCUUCACUGGAAAAACAUACCCAACUGCUAAUACAUUCUAUCAUGAAGUGUGGAAAGUUCAGUUAGAGCUAACAGAGGCAGCUAAGAGCGAUGACCCCUUUAUUAGUAACCUAACUAAACCUUUGCAAGAUAAGUUUGAUAGAUAUUGGAAGGAUACUAGCCUUGUCUUAGCAAUUGCAGUAGUUAUGGAUCCAAGGUUCAAAAUGAAGCUUGUUGAGUUCAGCUUCAGUAAGAUAUAUGGUGCUGAGGCUGAGAUGUGGAUCAAGAUUGUUGAUGAGGGUAUUCGAGAGCUUUUUGUUGACUAUGUUACACAACCGCCUCUUCUAUCUAUACAACCUGCUUAUGUUGAAGAAGGUACUGAAGUCAUCUCCCAGACUUACAUGGAAGAAGGCACUGAAGUCAUUCCCAAAACAGAGAUGACUGACGGAGGACCCCUUCUUUCUGACAGUGACAGGCUCUCAGAUUUCGAUGUAUACAUCUCUGAAAUUUCGGGUGGCCAGGAUAUGAGAUCAGAAUUAGAUCAGUAUCUUGAUGAGUCCCUUAUGCCUCGGUCACAAGAUUUUGAUGUAUUGGCUUGGUGGAAACUGAACAAGCUAAAGUAUCCGACUCUCUCUAGGAUGGCAUCUGAUAUACUGUCAAUCCCAAUAACGACUGUUGGCCCAGACAAUGUGUUUGACACGGUAGGCAGAAAGAUUGAUAGUUAUCGGAGUUCAUUGCGGCCUCUGACUCUUGAGGCCCUCAUCUGUGCCAAGGACUGGCUCCAGAAUGGAGCCACAGAACCAGAUAUGUCAGUCCCACCAAUUGUGAAAAUGGAAUUUUAAGCUUUGUUUAUUUUUCAUCUUGUAGCAUAGAGAGAUACCCUUUUUAUCCAUGGAGUUCUAGACUUGAUAUAUUUUUCGUCUUGUAGAAAUAGGUAGAUUUAAGCUCAAGUUUAUUUGCCAUCCUGUAGAAUAGAUACCUCAUAUCCAUGAUGGAAUUUUUAUGUGUUGAAAGAGCAACUCAUGUCACAAUUGUCUAAUUCUUUCCUACCAUGAGAUGUAUAUCAUCCUGCUCCAAUUAUUGGUUUCUUGUACA